ACCCCCCUCCUGUCUCCUGAUUGCGCCGCCUGGCUCAGCGGGCCCCUCGCGAACCCCGACCCUCGAUCACACGAGCGCAGCUUCAAUCGGGGGUCUCCAGGGCAACGGGAAGGCCACAGAGAGGGGCAGGUCGGCUGUCUGAAUCCAACGGGGGUUCUGGAAACACCGGCUUGUUGUGAGGCGGCGGCGGAGCCGCUGGAACAUUCCUGGCCCCCGUCGGUGGCACGCAGCCACGGCUCCGGCUGCAGCCCGGCCAGGCUGUGCGACCCGCCGCAGCGCAGAACGUACCAGAGGCCGGGGGGGGCAACACCCGCAGCUCAACCUCAGAUGCAGAAACACAUCAGAGUCUUCGUGGCGGAGGAACCCGGCGACUCCGACUACGUCACCAUGUGCUGCCCGGGUUCGGUGUACGUGGACAUGUCAGACGUAGUUCCACCGGAGGUCAGACCCAAGCCAGCCGUCCCCGCCAAGCCCCCGAAUGUGGGCGUCCCCUCCCCGUCCAACCCCUUCCCACCCCAGGGUCCGGGAGUCUCCGCCGCCCCUCCCAGCGCCAUCCCGGUUCCCAUCGGGAGCCACGCCCCCAGCCACGCCCCCAGCCACGCUCUGGGUCUCAGCGGCCCGGGUCACGCCGGGGCUCACCCCCCCGCACACGGCGGAGGUCACGGCCACGGAGGCUCCCACACCUCUGGGGGGGGGUCCUCUCUGCUGGGGUACAUCGGGAUCGACACCAUCAUCGAGCAAAUGAGGAGGAAGACCAUGAAGACGGGCUUUGACUUCAACAUCAUGGUAGUCGGUUACAGUGGCCUUGGGAAGUCAACUCUGGUGAACACCUUGUUCAAGUCUCAGGUGAGCAGGAAGAGUGCAGGCUGGGCCCGUGACGACAAGAUCCCCAAAACUGUGGAUAUCAAGUCAGUUUCUCAUGUGAUCGAGGAAGGUGGGGUGAAGAUGAAGCUGACGGUGGUCGACACGCCCGGGUUUGGAGACCAGAUCAACAACGACAACUGCUGGGAGCCCAUCUCCAAGUACAUCAACGAGCAGUUUGAGAAGUUCCUGAAGGAGGAGGUCAACAUCACCAGGAAGAAGCGCAUCCCGGACACCAGAGUGCACUGCUGCCUCUACUUCGUCUCCCCGACCGGACACUCUCUCCGGCAGUUGGACGUCGAGUUCAUGAAGCGCUUGAGUCACUCCGUCAACAUCAUUCCCGUCAUCGCCAAAGCAGACGCGAUGACCAUCGAGGAGAGGCAAGAGUUCAAGCAGCGGGUAAGAAAGGAGCUGGAGAUGAACGGCAUCGAGUUCUACCCCCAGAAAGAGUUUGACGACGACAUGGAGGACAAGAGCGACAACGAUAAGAUCAGAGAAACGAUGCCCUUUGCUGUGGUGGGGAGCGAUAAAGAGUACCAAGUGAGCGGGAAACGAGUCCUGGGGAGGAAGACGGCCUGGGGAAUCGUAGAGGUUGAAAAUCCGAAUCAUUGUGAGUUCGCUCAGCUUCGGGAUUUCCUGAUCAGGUCUCACCUGCAGGAUCUGAAGGAGGUGACUCACAACAUCCACUACGAGACGUACCGGGCCAAGAGACUGAACGAGAACGGAGGCCUGCACCCCAUAUCCGCCAACAACACCCAGGAAAGCAACCUGUAGUCAGUCCGCGGAGGGAAACCUUCAAUAAGUCAAAGAAAAACCAGUGCAAUGGAGUUCGUUAAUCAAUUUAAGAUGUUAAAUCGUCACCUCUGCAUUGCUGCAUGUGUGGAAAAACAUUCAAUCUGUAGAAAUCGGUGUCAUUUAUUGUUGAAGCUCCUCCCUUUCAUCUCCGCGUGAAUCCCAUCAGACGAAUCAAAGUCCUCAACCUUCAUUUACAGAUCAAAUAUUUUGAAGCAAGGACAGUCUGACUUAGUGCCAUGAAAAAAAAUCAAUAUUUUAUAUUGUCGAGCUUUGAACGUGCCACGUUUUUAAGUGUGUGAGAGACUUUUUUUUUAGUGUCUAGUGUUGCAGAGUAGCAGACGACUAAAUUUAGACCGAAAGUAGGUUGUUCUUCAUAUGACGUUAUAAUUCGUGUUCAGUGGUGAAACUGACGGGUUCGAUGAUUUUAGACUUUUCAGCAGCAGCUGAAACAAUUACUGUGGUUUCGCUGUUAUCAGGGAUCAAUCGAUAUGACGAGCUUUGCUGUUUUAAUAACCCGCCUGCAACAUCAGCCACAUUUGAGAUGCAACAAAUUCAGUCCUGGGGACGAAUCCACUCAGACAAGUUUACUUCAGGAGGAAAGAAGGCUUCAGCGCGCUUUACUGUUUUGGUUCACUUCACCCUGCAACUACACGUGCAUGUUUUAUUUCAAAUCUAGGAUAAACAUCAUAGAUUCAGAUGGUUGUGUGACGUGUUUUUCAGCUUAAAAAGACAACAAGCUUUUAAAUGAAUUGCAGUGUUUCAUUUUUAUCCAUAUCUCCUCAUCUCGCCCGUUUCAGCGGCUAUAAAAGUACCUUUUCUGACUCAAAGUAAAGCUCAUCUGUUUAUUGUUUUUGCUCGGCAGGUAACAGAAGAGCAGCUUACUAAUCAAGUUUGAGUAUUUUAUUGAAUAGCAGAACUGCAAGUGGAUGUAGAGUUCAGUUCCUCAGGCCCACCACCUGGUGGCGGCACUCUGCAGCGUUAGACCCGCGUCUGCCUCAGAGAGCCAACUGCUCGGAUGAUGAUGUUUACAUAGCUUGUGUUCAGUGGUUGCCAACAUAUCGCUCCAUGUCGAGUUUACAGGAAACUUUAAUAUUACCCCGAUGUAAACAUGUUUACCCGGAUUCAGCAUUCCUACUGUCGUGAUGUGUACAGCCUGCAGCGGAGGGGAGGAUGAGCCUAAAAUGCAGAAUAAGAUAACCAUCAAUUGUCACUGAUGAUGUUGAUACGACAAUGAUAAUAAUAAUAAUAAAACAAUGGUUGUGAUUUUUGUGCAGUCAAGCAAAAAUGUGAGAGUUACAAAGCUUUCUCUUCCCGUGUUUGUAUGUGCAUGCUUGUGUCCAUGCGGCCUGUUUGCUUCCAACCGACUACUUCCAUCACUUCUGCACCUCCGCGUCAACGUACUACUCCUGAAGGUGUGAUGUGUAACGUUAAACUGAUGUGUGAUACGGUAGAGAACUGCUGUAUUAACUCCUGGGGCACAUUACUCGGUCUUUCCAGUCAGUAUCAUUUCACUACGAGCAUUUAUUUAAUGACCACUUUUUGGCAAAGUUGCUGUGACACAAUUGAGGCAUAAUUUCCAGUAUUAUAUGGAUUUAUUUAUACAUUGAUGUCUUGUUAUUGUAAUUUAUUCUUUAUUUAAUAAAAACGAAAACAUUCAUGUU